CCGAUAACGUAAUUGCGGGGGGUAGCUCCGGGGGAGAAGGAACAGGGAGUGAUACCGCUUCCGAGGAACAGAGUACGACACAACAGCAACAAACGCGAUCCCAACGUCUCUCGCCGCCUCCAAAGCGCAGGCGCCUGGCAAACAUGCGGCCCGAAGAUGGAGUUUCUUCAAAUAACCAGAACGGUCUCUCUCAAGUCUCAAAUGGCUAUUCGCGAUCUUUGUUCAAGAAAGCCCUCUCUUCCCACUCCCUAAAUGGAUCGUCCAACGGAGACUCGCAACUGAACGGCUCUUUGAAAUCGCCCACUCCACUUCCGAGCUAUUUUGGCCAUGACCGAGAGCAGGUGACUCGAAUCCUGAUCCAGGGUCUGUACGAUCUAGGUUACACUGGGGCGGCGUCUGCGUUGACACGGGAGAGUGGCUAUGAGCUGGAAAGCCCGGCAGUUGCUGCCUUCAGGAGUGCGGUCUUAAAUGGCGAAUGGUCCGAGGCAGAGAACAUCUUAAGCCAGGCCUUCCAUUCCGAUGGACUUGGAAAGACAGUCAGCAAUGAUGACGAUAGAUCAGCGAGAGGAGAGAAGCUGCUGCUGGCGGAGAAUGCAGAUAAGAAUGAAAUGCUAUUUUAUCUCAGGCAGCAGAAAUUCCUCGAGCUCUUGGAGGCUCGAGAUCUCGGCGCCGCCUUGAUGGUUCUUCGAGGAGAGCUGACCCCUCUAAAUUAUGACAUUGGACGCCUUCAUGCCCUAUCAAGUCUUCUCAUGUGCCCUGCAGAGCACCUUCACAACCAAACUGGCUGGGAUGGCUCUAUAAGCUCCUCCCGAGUCCGGUUAUUAUCAGAAUUAUCAAAAUCCAUAUCCCCGUCAGUAAUGAUCCCGGACCAUCGUCUGGCCGUCCUGCUAGACUAUAUCAAACGGACACAGAUCAAGCAAUGCCUAUACCACAACACACCAUCUACCCCAUCUCUCUACUCUGAUCACGUUUGUGACCGUAAUGAUUUCCCACUCCGGCCGACGAUUGAAUUGAGUCAACACUCAAACGAGGUUUGGUAUUGUGGGUUUUCACACGACGGCACGAAACUGGUCACGACAAGCCGCGACCGGAGUGUGAUUAUUUACGACACGAGUACCUUUUCCGUGUUGCAUAGGUUGACGGAGCAUGAAGAGGGGGUGGCUCAUGCUACCUGGAGUCCUGAUGACUCUAAGCUAAUCACUUGCUCGCAGGAUGAGAAAGCCCGCGUAUGGAGUGUAGAGACUGGCCGUUGCCUUCUAACAAUUAAUCAUCAUCGCCAACCAGUCACCGCGGCUGCUUGGGCUGCAGAUGGAGAAUCUUUUGUAACAGCCUCUCUCGACCUGAGCUCGCAGCUUUGCCAUUGGAGCAUGCGGGGCCAACCAGUCUAUAUGUGGGCAGAAGGCUUCAGGGUCCAAGAUUGCUGCACCACCCCUGACGGGAGACGACUUCUUGCCGCAGAUACUGGAGGGAAAAUCCAUGUGUACAACUUUCACACCCAUGAAGAGGAGUAUUGUCUGUCACUAGAGGGCACGGCAACCUCUGUUGCCGUAAGUCGUGAUUCACGGUAUAUGCUCGUCAAUCUCGCCGAGGGUCAGAUACAGCUCAUCGAUAUUGAAACUACAAAUGUUAUCCGUCGUUUCAAGGGACAGAAACAAGGCACCUUUGUCAUUAGAAGCACGUUCGGAGGUGCUGCCGAGAGUUUUGUAUUCAGCGGCAGUGAAGAUGCCCGUGUCUAUAUGUGGCACAUAGAGAGUGGUGAUCUUCUAGAGACAUUGGAAGGACACAUUUCUGGUUGUGUAAAUGCCAUAUCUUGGAAUCCUACAAAUCCAGGCAUGUUUGCGUCUGCUGGAGAUGACCGCCUUGUUAGGAUAUGGACUCGAGAUUACGACGUGCCAGGUGAUGCCGUUGGCAAACGAAGAGCGGUAUCGUCGAAUGCCUUUACUCGUACCAGUGCCAUCCGAUCAACAUCAAAUUACUAA